GAUCCAGAUGUCCGUCUGUCCAAAGCGCUCUCGUAUGCUUUGCGCCACGGGGCAGAAACCCUCAGCCUCCACAUGUCCUCUGACGGCUUUGUCGACCUGGGGGAGAUUCUUCGUUUGCCCCAAUUUAAGGCCUGGUCCGAGGAGGACGUGAAACGUGUCGUGGAGACGAACGAAAAACAGCGUUUUGCUCUGUGCCAACAUCCAUCCGGUGGACACCUCCAGAUCCGUGCGAACCAAGGGCACUCGCUACAGGUUCCUGAACUGGAAUUAACUCCGCUGCAGGACCUACGGGAUUUCCCAGAGACCGUGGCUCACGGCACACUUCUGCGCCACUGGCCAGCCAUUCGUCAGCGUGGCCUGUCUCGCAUGGGGAGGACACACAUCCAUUUAGCCCCAGGAUUGCCAGGGGAGGGGGCCGUCCUAAGUG